AUGUCUACUCAACAACAACAACACAAUUCAGAACCAGAACAGGACGCAAGCUCUAUCUCUGAAUACUAUCCUGAGUCCCAAACUGAUUUAGAAUUAGGUAAGGAAAAAGUCGAAGACCUUGAAAUGGCCCAUGAAGUAGAUACUGCUGUCAGCAAGCCAGAAAGAGUUUCAUGGAGUCAAAAAAUUAAAACUAAAUUCCCUUGGUAUAAAUUAGCUUUCCAUAUCUUUUUAGGCUGUUUCUUUACUGCUUGGUGGUUAUCCAUUAUUAUCCAAAGUAAGCAUCGUUCCGAAUGGUUAAUCCCAACAGUCUUUUGGGGUAUGGCUAUGGUUAGAUUGAUCUCAUGGCAUUGUAGAAUCUUGCCUUGGUUAUUACAAUACGUUAAAUUUGUUUGGGAUUUCGCUUGUGAUAUUAUUUAUAAUAAAUUAUUCCGUGAAAGAUAUCAAAGAUUAUUAGCUGGAGCUACUGUCACUGUUGGAGUUAUUUUAUUGGGGACUUUUAUUCCAUCUGAAACUGAAUUCUCAAAGAGAGAAGAUCGUGCCGUUUCGUUCUUUGGUUGUAUUGUUGCUAUUUUCUGUUUGUUUGUCACUUCAAGAAAUCCAAAGCAUAUUAGAUGGAAUACUGUCAUUGGUGGAAUGUUAAUGCAAUUUAUUGUUGCUUUGUUUGUCUUGAGAACUAAGUGUGGUUAUGAUGUUUUCAACUUUAUUUCCACCUUAGCUCGUGAAUUAUUGGGUUUUGCAAAAGAUGGGGUUGCCUUUUUAACAAGUACUGAAAUUGCAAACAUGGGUAAUUUCUUCUUUGGUGUCUUACCUGCCGUUGCUUUCUUCGUUGCUUUUGUUCAUAUUUGGUAUUACUAUGGUGUUAUCCAAUGGGCCAUUGGUAAGUUUGCAUACUUUUUCUUUUGGUCAUUACGUGUUUCUGGUGCUGAAGCUAUUACUGCUGCUGCAUCUCCAUUCAUUGGUAUUGGUGAAUCUGCUAUCUUGAUUAAAGAUUUGAUGCCAUAUUUAACUAAUGCUGAAUUACAUCAAGUUAUGACUUCUGGGUUUUCUACUAUUUCCGGUUCAGUUUUGGUUGGAUAUAUUGGAUUAGGUUUGAAUGCUCAAGCUUUAGUCAGUUCUUGUGUUAUGUCCAUUCCUGCUUCUUUGGCAGUUUCGAAAUUAAGAUAUCCUGAAAUGGAUACUCCAAUCUCCAAUGGUAAAGUUAUUCUUCCAAAAGCAGCCAAGGAUUCAAAUAGUCAAGAUCAACCUCAUAAUGUCUUGCAAGCUUUCUCUCAAGGUGCUACUUUGGGUUUAAAGAUUGCUGGUACUAUGAUGAUUCAAUGUAUGUGUAUUAUUGGGUUGGUUGCUCUUAUCAACGGUAUCUUAACUUGGUUUGGUAAUUUCUGGAAUAUUAAUGGAUUAACUUUAGAAUUAAUGUUAUCCUAUAUUUUCUAUCCAUUGGGAUUCUUAUUAGGUACUCCACGUAAUGAAAUCUUACAUGUUUCUAAAUUACUUGCUUAUAAGUUUAUUCAAAAUGAAUAUGUUGCUUAUAAUUUAUUAAUGACUGAAGCACCAUUUAAUGAAAUGUCAAAGAGAGGUACUUUAAUUGCUACUUAUGCUUGUUGUGGUUUUGCCAAUUUAGGUUCUUUGGGUAUUACUUUGGGUGUUUUGAAUACUUUAACUAAUAAUUCUAGAGCUAAAGAUAUUUCACAAACAAUUAUGUCUGCUUUAUAUUGCGGUAUGAUUGCAACUUUAUUAUCGGCUGCAAUUGCUGGUAUGGUUAUUCAUGAUUUAGACAAUUUCUAA